AUGUCAUCCUCGCCGCCGGUCACUUAUAUACAAAAGGUUGUCGAAGCUGAUCAAGUGCUUUGGGAAUAUAACAUCCUCGCUAGUAUAGCACAUUGGGUAUUACUGGCAGGUUAUCUCAUUCUUCCAGGGACAUUCACAUCUCUCCAGAAUUCAGACGGUAUUAGUCACAAACUAGGGCAAAGCCAGACUGGAAAGGCAAUCUUAAACCAAAUACAAAAUCCUCCACUCAUCGUAUUGGGAUGUCUGUUCUUUUUCAUUGGAACAUGUGGAAUUGGAGGUCUUUAUUGGAAGCAUCAAAACAAUUAUAUUUGGCUUGCCGACAUUGUUAAACGCACUGGCUGGGUUUACCAACAACAAUGA